AUGGAAAAAUUAAAAAAGUUCUUUAGAGGAUAUAUGCAAACAAUGUUGUACGGAAUCGAAAUUAGACCAAAAUAUAAAGUAUAAAUUAUAAUAAAGGAUUAGAUGGAUUAUUCAUUCUAUAUAAUUUUGCAUACAAUAAAUUAAUUUUAGUUGCUGGCAAUCAUAUUUCAAACAAGUUAUGAUAAAAGAUAUUCAGAUUUUAAAUUAGACUUUGUUCAAAGUUUCUUAGAAUUUUUUCUAGUUAAUAGCCUUUUAAAAUAGAGCUUGUCUUACUCGUUAGCAUUCAUAAUAAUUACAUUUUCAUUUUUAUCUCAACUGAUUCUAUUUUUAUUUUUAUGCUUUUCAACUGUAAUUCGAUUAUACACUGCUAAUUUGAUAAAGAAUAGUGAUAAAGGCACUUUAAAUAGCAAUAUCUAAAAUUGGGUGAUAUAAUUUAAUGAACUUUUGCAUUGGAUAUUCGUAACUUAUCCAGUUAUCUACUUAUAAAUUGCAGUACUGUCAUUUAGUACAUUAUCAUGUAAUUCAUUAAGUUUGAUUCCUUUUAAGCAAUGCGAAAUCAUACCUUUACUAUAAGUGCUCUCCAUUAUUUAACUUUUAAUUUCUUUUUUUAAUGGACAAAUUUUAAUAUACGCAAUGAGAAAUCACAGAUUCAAUGAAAUCAAUUCUCUAAAAAGAAGAUACUCUAGUUUGUUAUUAUUCAAUAAUACAAUAGUACUGGCCAUUAUAUUUUUCCACUACAAUUACGAAUUUGUAAUACAUUAUUCGAUAAUAGUUUACUCUUUCUGACGCAAUUAAAUAUGUACUAGCUAAUUUAUUUACUAUAAAUCAAAUAAUUGACUAAUUAAACAAUUAUCCUUAUAGAGAUCCAGUUCGACUGCCUGCAAUAACAAUGACUUUCAUAUAAUUUUGGGUCGUCGUGGUUCUGACUAUUUACAGAUUUUCAGAUAAAAUAGAAGAAAACUAAUUGUUCUUCCUCAUGACCAUCCCAUUACCAUUGAUAUAUAUGAUUGGACAAGGAUUGGCAUUGCAAUUUCAUUACUACGCAAUCUUAAAUUCUAAUUCCAACACAUAGAUCAAAGAGAAGCAUUUAAUCAUUACUGCUGAUUAUUUCUAUAAGCUAUAUCUCGAUUACAAUAAAGUAUGUGUAUGACAAAUUAAACUAGAGUUAAGAAUGUUAGAUUAAGUUUCAAUAAUUUAUAAGGAUCCAUAGAUAUUUUUGCAAAAAUAAAAAGUGCUAUUCUUAAGAUUUUAAAUUUAGAUAGGUAGACCUUGAUUAAAAAAAAGACCUUCAUUAAUUAUCUUUAAGUGUCGUCAAAUGCAUAUUUAAAACUGCUUAAUUAUGGUUAUUUUCGUUGUAAUUUAUUUUGAUUAAUUGAAUUAGAGCCAAUUAAAAUUAAGAUUUAUAGUUUGAAUAACUGCAACUACAAUAUAUCAGUUUUGUGUCUGAUAUAGUCUAAAAGCCAUUACUUGGAUAUUUGGAAUUAAGAAAAUACCAAAACAGUAAAAACAAUAACAAUUCUAUUUAUUUUAUUGAAAUAACAAACAAAUUAGCAGAUCAACUUCAAGUCUAAAUUUUGGAUAAUUAACAAAGAAAAACAUCCAGAGAUGUACUAAUCUAAGAAUAGAAAAGUUAAUUGAUAGAGAUUUCAUUAUAAUAACAAUGGUGGACCCAAAAUUUGUAUGAAAGCUUAUUGAAUGAUUAUAUUUACUUACUUGAUUAAAAGGUUGACCAUUGGAAUAACCUAAUGAUUGGAUAUCAAAGUCUGAAUCCUUUCUAAUAGAAUACCCAAUAAUUAUGUGCUAAAAUAUAAUAAGUAUUUUAUAAAGGAAUGCUAUUUUAGUUGAAAAUUUAAUUGGAAAAAUACAUUGGAGUGCCUGAAGAAUGGUUUGAUUUAAAAGUCACUACUAGCAAGGGUCAUUAAGUUAAAAAAUUAAGUCAUGCUCAAUUAAAUAUAAAUUGUAUCACACUCAAACUAUAUUCCUUAUUCUAUUCUAUAAUGAUGAACGAUUAUGAUAGAGUAAUUUAAUAAUAAAUAUCUUAGUCCUUCUAUAUCGAAUAGUACGUUAAAGAUCUUACAUCAAAUGAUAGAUAAAAAGAAAUUGAUAUUAUUGACAAUUUUUCUUUGUUAAAUGAUAGAACUACUAUUAUACUAGUUAGUCUAGUUAAAAACAAGGGGAAGAUAGUUAAUAAGAACCAGUUAGCAUUAGCUAAUUUCUUUUAAUAUGUAGAUAGUAAUAAUUUUAAAGAUAACGUUUCUAAUAUUCAUAAAUUAUUACCAAAAUCUAUUAUGCCAGCACAUGAAUUAUUGAUUGAUUAAUAUAUGCAAAGAGGAUAUAGUUAGUUUUUUGUUAAAAAGAUUAGUGGAUAUUAUGAAAAUGCUAAAGGAUUCAUUCAAAAAUCAUAUAUAAAAUUGGGGAAUUUAUUUGAAGAGUUGGAUGAUUAUGUUAUAACUGCAUCAAUAUUAAAAUGUAAUUUAUCAAAUUAAACCAUUUUAUUUGAUAUUGAGGGCAAAAUUAUUGGUAUAAGUGAAAAAUUGUAUGAUCUUAUUAAAAAAAUCAAUCCUCAAAUUUAAGUAGAUUUUUUUAAAGAGUUUUGCAGGGUAUUUUUAAUAUUUCCGUCAAUAUUAUCAUCAUUAAAGCAGAUGGAAUAAUAACAUAAAGAAAAAUAAGAUGAAUACAUAUUGGACAAUGAGGAUACUUUAUUAUACAUUCCUUUUAAUUUGAUUGAACUUAAUUCACUGUUUAUCAAGGAAUAAUAUGAUAAAUUUGGAUAAAAAGUUGAUUUUGGAUUGGAAAGCGAGAAUUUGAGUUCAUGGAGAUCUUGGAAAAGUUUGACAAAAAGUCUAUAUUCUUAGGAUAAUAAUAAAGACAAAAACCAUUUGUAUAAGAUAACUGAUUUAGAGAAUAUCGAGUUUUCUCUAUAAUUUAUGUAAAUUCAUAAAGAAUUGUUCUAACAAUUUACAAUUCUAAAAACAAAAGUAAAGCUACAAUAAUAACUACUAAAAGUAAAGUCAUUUUAAUAUAGCUUUUUUGUCUUAGAAUUAGAUCACAUAACUGAAAUAAAUUCUGAAAAUAAGUAUUUUAAUAAAUACCCAAGUAUUAACAAAAUUAUAGAAUUUUAACUCAAUGCAGGUUAAACUGUAGUAUUUAAUAAGACUUACCCUGAUAGUCAUAUAGAUAGUUUAGAUAGAUCAAUUAAUAACUUUAAUAUAAAUUAACAACUUUAUGACUAAAAAUAUAUCAAAGAAUUGAGAAAAUAAUAAAAAUCUUAAUUUUAGAAUGAGAAAUCUAAACAAAUUAUGUACAAUGAAGUUAAAUCUAAAGAGUAUGAAGAUAGGAUAAAUGAUGAAUACAAUAAUUUAUCUCUAACUAUAUAGAGAGAUAAAGGGCCAUAACUAUGGUAGAUCCCUCUUUAGAAAAUAGACUAAGAUGAUGAAUUUGAAUUUUAGAUGAUAGAUGGUCAUUUUAGAGUAUAUAAUUCAUUAAUUAAUCUAGUAAUUUGAGUAGGACCAAGAAAUACAAUAACAAUAAUUAUAAUAAUCAAGUAAUCUUAGGAACUUAAGCAAAGAUAAAGAUGAAUCUUAAAUAGACGUUGAUUAAAACUAAGCCAAGAAUUCCUCAGAUCAUGAUCAUGAGGUUGUGAAGGCAGAUUUGAUGGAGAUAUUAUAAUUAAAUAGAUAAUUGAAAAAAAAGAAUAAGUAAUUUUCAUAGUCCAUAAUAUAGUGAAUAUGAGGAGGAAGAGAAUAAAUAGAAAAGGUCUGUUAGUUCAUCUCGUACAAGUUCAUCUAAGUCUCCAUCUAUGUUAAUUAGAUAGCUUUAUUCAAUAAAUACUUUCCAAGGGAAUAUUAAAUUAAUAGUUCUUAGCGUACUUUUGAUAGCUAUUCUAUUUCUAUGCUUAAUAUUUGUAAAAAUGUAAAUAAUACAAUGUAUGAUUAUCUAUAAAUUUAGAAAAUUACAAUGUUCUUUAAACUAACAUCAAUUACGUAACUUUUCCAGAAACCUUAAAUUUUUAUUUUAUUAAAACUGCAUAUAUUUCAUGGAUGUAAUUGACUUAAGAAUUGGAACUUGUAAAUUACAGCGAUUUUAUUUAGAAAUAAUAUGAAUAAGAACUUUAAUCUAUGAAAGAAAUAAUAGAUAUUAAAUUAAAUGAGCUCUAUUAAGGAAUUAUUUAAUAUGAGGAUCAAAUAAUAACUAAUGAAUUAUAACUGAUAAAUAUCAAUGAAUAUGAAGCAUAAACUUAAUAAUUAGAUCUCACAUAGCUAAUUUAGUUAAUUCAAAUUCAUGCAUUCAAUUUCAUCGACAAAUUUAGCAAUAUUACCAGUUAUAAGGAUGUGCUAUUUUUUCGACUGAAUAUGCCAUACAUAUAUCAAUUCGCUUUUAAAUAUAUCACCUUGUUAAAUGAAAAUCUUGUAUAUUAUGAGGACAAAAUAAUUAACGAUGUUAUAUAAAUUACUAUGAUAAUCUUGGGCAUAGUAACUGGCAUAAUUCUAUAUGUCACAUUUUAGAUUUAAAAUGUUACUAUGUAUGAGAAAUAAAUAUUAAUGCUGAUAUCAAGAGUAUCAUACAAAGCUGCAGAAGAAACAAUCGAUAAAUUGUUAGAUAUAAAGUCUGUGCUUUCAGAACCAACUUAACUGGUGUGGAAGAAAAUAAAUUUCUUUGAUCUUAAUUAUGAAGGUAAAGAAAAUAAUAACGAUUAAAAUAAAAUGAUUGUAGCCAAGAGCUUAAAGACUACUUCAGCUUCGAGAUCAAAUUAUCAAAAUACAAAGACUAAAUCAAAGUCUAAACGAAAUUAUCAAAGCAACUCUCUGGCUUAAAGGAUAUAUGAUUUAAGUUUGGUUAAUAAAAUGAACUAUAUUUACUUGAUCGUGGCAUGGUUAAUAUUUUGUCUUUUUAUUAUUGGCUCUAUUCUUGUGACAGUAAAUUAAGUUUCUGAUAUUAAACCAACACUCAAUUUAAAUUUACAGUUGAUUAGAUUCAAAUUUAGAUUUGAUUCAUUAAUUGUUUAUAGUGAAGUCAUUAAAUCUGAAAAGAUAAUAGAAUAAUAUCUACAAAAUUAAUAUAAAAACUUAGACAUGUAAAUAGAUGUCAUAAUUGAUCUAUUUAAUUAAUAAUAUAAUGGAUUUCAAGAUAGUAUGAAACAAAUAUACGAUUCUCUUAUUGGAAAUUCAGGAUUGAUGUAAACAUAAAAAACAGAAUUACUCAUGUAUUUUGAAUAAAGCUUAUGCAAUUUCAUGAGUUCAGAAAUUCCAUUUUGUAAUAUUCAAAUUCAAAGUGAUAUUAAUUUUACUGUUCCUAAGAGUUUCAUAGAUCAAUAUGGUUAACCUGUGGCAGAAGACAAUAAUUAUGAAUAUGUUUCUGGAGGAAUAAUUAAUAUGGUAUAAGAAUUCAGUAAAACACUGCAGAUGUACUAUUACACUGAAUUAGCCAAUAAACAUUUAAGUACCGAUAGUGCUCAUGAAAUAAGUCAAUAUCUGAGAUCUAAAGUACAUACAACGUAAUAGGUCGAGUAUUUUCUGGAUACUGGAAAAUUAUUAAGCACUGUUGGAUAUAAUUUAUUUGAAUAGAAUUAAUCGAAGUUAAAUUAGGCAACCACUCUUACUUAAAUAUAUGUCUAUCUGACUGGAUUAAGCGUAUUUCUCAUUUUUAUUCUUAUAUCUUAUCAAUGGAUAAAACAAAUAACAGCAAGACUUUAAUUAAUGAGAUUGAGUUUGACUCUUAUUCCCUAUGAUAUUUUAUUAGAACCAAAGACUAUAAGUUCACUCAAAUAAUUGUGA